UUCUCAUUAUACAGAGUAGAAAGUCUGAUGCAGAAAAGAGGUUUAUCCAGGAAAAGGUCGGGAGUCCCAGAUCCUAACACAACUCUGCCACUGACUGCCUUUUAGGAAAGAGACACAAGAGCCCCAUUCGCUCCUGAAGAGUGAAAAUAUCGGGAACUUCUGAGGAAGAUAAAUAUCCAGAAGUGGAAUUGCUGGGAACACACGACUUGAAGAGGUUUGGAGAAUUAUGUCUUCAGUUUGGAAGAUUCCCCGUGGAUCAAAUGCGAUGCCUGAGAUGAAGGUGAAAAUCAUUGGAAGUAAACACGUUCGAUACCUUGUGGAGAAGCCAAAAAUCACGGAGAACCAGAAAUUGAAGGCAGAAGCUCAAACAGUGCUCCAGAAAUCAGUGCCUGGUGAUGCAAAGCAGAUCUAUGGAGACCCACCAGCUCCGAUUGAUCCCACAGAUCAUCAAAUCAGUCAUGACCCAGAUGAUGGGAAAGAGAGCAAGCACCGAGAGAACAACCAGAAACCAGAGGACAGCGGGAAACUCCUAACAGGACCACUCAGUUGUAGAUUUCUGGAUGGCAAAGUUUCCAACCAGGCAAAUGUCUACUGCAUCUCUCAACCAACUGGAGACCAGUCCCUGUCCUAUAUCCAUGGCCUCCCCAGGAGAAACUUUAGAGACUGGUCCUUAGAACAGAUGGCAAGGAGCAGCUCUGACCAACCCAAGGAUAUUGGCCAGAGACCAAGUGGAACAACAAAAGAAGACACUUUUCUUCUUGCCCUGGUCAGAAGAGAACUCAAGUCUCUUCCUUUGAGUUCUGGCUUAUUAGACAAACUUCAGAAAGAGCUGAAGAUACUGGAUCCUGUCUCUUCAGGAUUUCUUCUUCAAUCUCAGCUGAGCCACCUCUUCUUAAGGCUUGAAGUCCCUCUGCAAUUGCCAACAGUCAAGAUCCUUUGCCAGAGAUUUUCUAGGGGGAGCUCUCCUGAAAUGGUGAAUUAUGAAAAGCUACUCUGGUUUUUAAAAGUUGCAGCUUCAGAAGAUACAGAGCAAAACAAAGGAGUUGAGGACAGCAAUGUAAAAGAAAUUCCGAGUAGUAGCCAUCAAAGCCUUUCUCCUGCUUCUCCAAGCAGUAUCGCCCCUCAAGACUACAACUCACAGUCAGAAGUGAAUGAGAGCCUGUUGGAAGUCCUGAAGAUGGCGCUAAGGGCAACCAACGCCAAACUCAACAUAGAGAAACUCAAUCUGAGUUUUCGAAAAGAAGAUCGCUCAUUCUCUGGCUGCCUGCCCCCACCCAAGGUCAGGGCUAUAUGUGGGAAACAUGGAUUAUAUCUGACUUUGAGUCUUUUGGAAACAUUGCUUAACCAUCAAGAUUUGGGUUACCAAGAUGAAAUAAAAUGGGAGAAUUUUGUUGAGUGGUUGGGCAGAGCUUCCUCUGAUUUGUCAUCUAAUUUUCCUCCAGGAAAGAAAGGAAAGGAAAUUUCUGCUACUCCAGGGCAUCCUGAAGUUCCUGAGCUAUCUCAAGGAAAAACUGAACAAAUGAGGAGAUCAGAAACAGCUGUCAUUCAGACGGUGACGACAAGCUGCCAGCCUUUGAAACAGCAGGAAAUCCUGAUAAGGAAUACAGAACUAAUAAGCCACCACCAACCAGAAGAGUUCAGGAAAGGUGGAAAGGAGACACCGCGAGUCUGUCCACUUCCCAGAAUCCCUCUCGCUAGCGUCCAUCUUGGCUGAGCGAUGCGUGCGCCACCAGGAAAGACUCUGAAUUAGAAUGAUUGGCCAAAGACAACCCAGAAACUAAUCCCAUCACCAUAAAACCCAAGAUUGCAAACCACCGCAGAGCAGUUCUCCUGGGUUCCCUCACCCUCAUGCUCU